UUCAAAAUAAUUCAAACGUUCCGCGACUGUUCACGCGAACGGACGUCCCACAGCAGCAGCAGCAGCAGCAGAAGCAAGCGCCGACGGUGUAAACUUCCCAACCAAACCCAACCCCUUCUUCGUCCCACUAAAAGGAGUCGAUCUCCUGCUACGGUAUCCCGCGGUUUUGCCCGUAAAAGUGCGUUCAUUCGGGUCCGUCCGGUCGAUUGUUCGGUAAAGCGAGCAGUGCAUUUCGUAGUGGAAAGCGAAAGCUAGGCGCCAAACCCCAACCCCUUUGACACGAUGCUGGAGAAGGAACCGGAUUCGAUGGCGGUUACGAUGAAGCAGGAUUAUGCUGCUAGUGAAGUGUACAGCACCACCAGUGAAGCACCACCCGCCUACAAAAUGCGCCAAGCAAACUCGGUGAAGAUCGCCAAGAUCAUCGCCAUCACCGUGGUGCUGUCGUCCUUCAUUCUGGGCUCGUUCAUCCUGGCCUCGUCUUAUCUGCAGGCGAAGCAGUCCUGCGACCAAAUGCAGGCACUCGAUGCCGUCCUCAACAAGGAGCUGAUGCUGGAGGCUAUGCAGCAGGAACUGCCAAAGGCGCAGGCUUUGAUGCAGGACAACCUAUCGGCCGACGAAAGCAACCUACAGACGAUCGAUCGCGAGGAAAGCAAGAAGCGCAAGCAGGAGGAAGCUCGCAAGCACCACAAGGAAGAUUCGGACGAAUCGGGAGACUCUGAGGAUGAGGAUGAUUCGUCGAACGAUGGUGAAAGCGAUGAGUCGAUCGACAUGAACAACCGUCACCGUGUCAACCUGCCGCUGGACCUCCAUCUGACCGAUCUGGCCAGCGCCAUUCUUCGGGAAAACCAGAAGUCCCGCAUGAACUGCAUCGUUGAGCGACGCCGUUCUGAGGAGUUGGUCGAUUCGCCACCGAAGAUGGUGCGCCUCCCGUUCGGAAUGGACCUGACCACUGACCCGAAGCAGCAGAAGGUUACUGGUGAGCGCAUUGCCAUCUUCUGCGAGUCUGGCAACGAGCUGAAGAACGAAGAUGCCGAGCCCGUCCGUCAAGUGCUGAUCCCGAUCCCGCCGGUUCGUUCCUUCGGCCCGAUCACUCACCUGCCCCAGCAGAUGGGACCUCCCCAGCAGACCAUCAUUCGCCAGAUGCCGCGACCAAUCUUCCCGAUGCCAAUGAUGAACCCGCACCAUCAGCAGCCCCAGCAAUCGCAGCAACAGCUUCCCCCGAUCCCGGCCCAGAUGAUGCAGGCCCCCCAUCCCGACGCACCGAUGGGUCGCCCGAACUUCCAUCCGUUCCUGCAGCAGCUGCCCCAGAUCAUGGCCGCCCAGAUGCAACAGCAGUCGGCACCCCAGCCCGCCAUGCCACCACGCACCGAGGUCCGCAUCCAUCUGCAGCGCAUUCCGAUCCCGGAGAUUAUGCGGCCAUUCCUGCCACCUCAGAUCAUGCGCAACCAGCCGGAACCGGAGCAGCAACAGCAGCAGCAGCAGCAGCAACAGUCCGCUCCCCAGCCCCAAAUCCCCCAGCAGCAGGAGGUCCAGAUCCGCGAGAUGCCAAUCGAUAUGGCGAUCCACAAGUUCCCCAUGGCUUCGUCGGAUGAGAUGAACGUGGCUGACUUUGCUGCCCAGAAGUUCACCGAACAGCUGCGCUCGCUCAUUGCCCGUAUUGCUGAAUCGGAGGAAAGCGAGGAAGAAACCGACUCGUACCGUAACGUGCCGGAUCAGGAAGGACCAUCGCCCCAUUCGGAUGAGCGUGAGCUGCAGGAACAGCAACCACCACGCCCAACGGAGCCGGAAAUGGCUCGCCAGGACGAGCAGGAGCAGCAGCAGCCUGAGCAGCAGGUAGCACAACAGCAGCAGCCGCAGCAGCAGCUGCCCGAACCCCAGCCAAUGCUACCGAUGGGACGAGUUCACUACGGUCGCAGUCUGCUGACGCCGAUCAGCUUGCCCGGAAAGGUUAUGGAAACUUCCGCCUCCGAGGAGGAUGCUGUCCGUCCGCAUUAUGUCCAACCACGAUCGGUUUAAAUCGAUAGUUAGGAAGGGCCUACCACAGCAGGGAUAGUCCCUACCAAUCUGCAACACCCUAUGGGCUUGUUUCUUCUUCUUCUCUCCCCCUUUCUUGUUUAUGUGCUCCCCAAAAACCACAUGCAAACACUAAUUAAGAUGUGAUUUUAAAUGGCAGAAUUACCACGCCACUACACAGGAUUUGGACCGGCUAGUACCAUAAACACCCCUAAACACACUACUACUCGAGACUCCAGAAUGAGCACGAAGGAACAACACAUCCCGGACAAAUCAGCGAAUCUCAGCGUGGUACACAUAUCGUCAGAGAAGGGCGAAUAAAAGAAUAUGUAAAUAUAUUUUUGGAUUUGGAAGUGAUCGAAGGUACGGGAAGGGCAUCGCCGGAGGCCAGCAACGGCUCGGGAGAAAAAAAAAACUAAACACGAACGAGAAGGAAUUUGUGCGUUGAGCAACGUGUGAAGCAUUUUGUUUGCCUGCUCGAAGUGAUAAGUUGAACGCAUACGCAUUUUGGGACAGCGUGGAACACGUGUAUUGUCGGUGUGUUUGUCGAAAAGAUUCCUCCAGCAAACGGAACCAAACUUAUAUCCGUUCCGUGUGAAGUACAAGAGAUCUGAGGGUUGUUUUUCUUUUAAAAUUUAAAGUUCCCAUUUUAGCAACAACAAAAGCAAGCACACCUAUUUCUCGCAAGAGGACGAUACGAGUAGACAGCAUCACAACUGUGUAUGUUUAAAGCUGAUAAUAAAUCUACAAAUAUGAUUUUAAA